UGGAGUCCGCAGGGUCUGUCUGACCCAGAUUUCCCCUUUUUUUUCUCUUCCUGCCUACCAACUGUUUGUAGAAAGUUCCAACACAAAAUUUCUCAAAAUCAUCACAACCCCAUAAUCUUUCUUCAGGGGUUUUCAACAAUUUCUUGUUUUCUCCAAGGAUCUUAGUGUUUGAUCUUCUUGAAUCACUUGUGGGGUAGCUAAAAAAUAAACUUGGUUUUUUUUUUCUACAAUCUGAUUCAUCGAGAAGAAAGAAGUCUUGUUUCGUGUUACGAUUAAUGUCUUUCCGUAGCAUAGUUCGUGACGUACGUGAUGGGUUCGGGAGCCUAUCGAGGCGCGGUUUUGACGUUAGGCUUUCCGGGCAUCACAACAGAGGAAAGUCGCAGGGUUCGGUUAACGAUUUGAGCGAUAGUAAUCAGGCCGUUCUCGUGAUUCAAAACAGCCGGUGGGCUAAUCUUCCACCCGAGCUUCUUUUUGAUGUAAUUAAACGAUUGGAAGAAAGUGAAAGUAGUUGGCCUGCAAGAAAACAUGUUGUUGCUUGUGCUGCUGUUUGUCGAUCGUGGAGGAGUAUGUGUAAGGAGAUUGUAAGAACCCCUGAAUCGUGCGGGAAGCUUACUUUUCCCGUUUCCCUGAAGCAGCCGGGAUCUCGUGAUGGGACCAUUCAAUGCUUCAUAAAGAGAGAUAAAUCCAACUUGACAUACCAUCUAUUCCUUUGUCUUAGUCCAGCGGCUUUGCUUGUUGAAAACGGGAAAUUCUUGCUCUCUGCAAAACGAACACGCAGAACGACAUGCACCGAGUAUGUCAUAUCCAUGGAUCCUGAUAACAUCUCAAGAUCAAGCAGCACUUACAUCGGAAAACUAAGAUCGAAUUUUCUUGGCACAAAGUUUAUAAUAUACGACACACAACCGCCACAUUCCGACACUCAGAUACCACCACCAGGGCGAUCAAGCCGAAGAUUCAACUCCAAAAAAGUCUCACCAAAAGUACCAAGUGGCAGUGGCAGUUACAAUAUUGCCCACAUUACCUACGAGCUUAACGUGCUUGGGACACGGGGCCCACGUAGGAUGCACUGUAUUAUGCAUUCAAUCCCCGCAUCAUCACUUGAGCCAGGCGGGUCAGUCCCCGGUCAACCCGAGCUCCUUCUCCCGUCCCACUCGUUAGAAGACUCGUUCAGGAGCAUUUCGUUCUCAAAGUCGAUGGACCGAUCCACCGAAUUCAGCAGCUCGAGAUUUUCCGAAAUCAUGGGGGCCGCCAUAACAAGUGACGUGGCCGAGAGUGAAAAGUCAAAAUUGCCCUUGGUUUUAAAAAACAAGGCGCCUAGGUGGCAUGAACAGUUGCAGUGCUGGUGUUUAAAUUUCAAGGGGCGGGUGACGAUCGCUUCGGUCAAGAACUUUCAGCUGAUCGCCGCCCAGCAGCCGCCUGUGGCGCCACCACCACCGCCAGCGGCGGGAACGUCUCAGCCGGCCCAAUCGGAGCAUGAUAAAGUCAUCUUGCAGUUUGGCAAAGUCGGUAAAGACAUGUUCACCAUGGAUUAUAGGUAUCCGUUAUCUGCGUUUCAAGCUUUCGCUAUCUGUUUAAGCAGCUUCGACACCAAGCUAGCUUGUGAAUAAAAGAAAGAGAACAGAAGUUAACAUUUUUCUUGUGUACCCCUCGUCGUGAGCCGAAGAGGGUGAUCGUUGAUGUUGAUGUUGAUGUUGAAAGAUAAUCGUUGACCGGACAUUCGUAUGUGAAAACUUUGGGUGUUCGUGUUUGUUGUUGAAACUAUGUUGCCCUGUUGUAAGUUUCAUUAUCUGGGUUACAUUUGUUGGCUGGUUGGAGCCAUGCAACACAUUCAUGAUGACAUUGAAAUCUGUUUUAGGUCAUGUCUGUUUAUGCAUCGGUUUUUUGGUUGUCUU